ACAAAAAUGUACAUACAUAUAUGUAAAUAUGAAUUAAGCACAACUACCGUAACCAAAUAUACAACAAUAGCAAAAACACCGGCUACAUAUAAAAAUACAAAUGAUAAAACAGCAACAGAGGCAGCAAUAAUAACUUCAAUGUGGUGGAGUCGUUUGACGACGCAACUCGCGCGCCGAAUCCCCAUUUCCAGAAACGUAUGACCAUUAUAAAGACAACUACAAUGAAUAUUACUCUUUUAAAAAUCCCAAACUAACGAGUACGAUCAUCAGUACAACUACGGAAACAACGAUUCUGAGACAUUCAUUUUUAAUAAAAAUACCCAACGAUUUCUCUACUCAUCGCAAUUCGCAAACGGGCGGAAUUAGCCGAGUCAUAAAAGGCAAGAGAGUUUUAAGCGCUGCGAUCUUAAGCUGCUCAGCUACAGAAACAAAAAUUUCAACAGCCAAAAUUAAGAAUUACAUUAAAUGAGUCUGUAAAAUCAAAUGUGCUGAAAUGAGAAUUGAAAUCGUGACAUAGACGGCGGAAUGGUUCGUUUAACUCAAAACUUGUUCUAGAAAAUUUUAAAAGUAAAGUCUAAACUGCCUAGUAGAGCGAGUGGGAACGUUAAAAUUAAUAUCAGAUAAGAUAAAUGGACUACCGACUAACCUGACUGACCCAGAAGAAAUAUCAUUCCAAGCAUUUCCCUACAACUAGCGAGUGUAACGAGAUUUAUAAUUUUUAAAUGUUAUUUUUUACGAAUAGUUAUAUUUGUUAAUGAGAGCCCCCGGAAUGGCUUAUCACAACUCGAAUGGAGGUGCUAUUGGUAAUAAUAGCACAGCUGGUGGCAGUUUACGUGGUAUUGCUGGUGAAAUUGGCUCUAGUGAAUAUUCCGGCGACGAACGAGACUCUCGGAGCGGCGAAGAUCAUCACGAAAGUGAUUUGAAUAACAAGCCAAUAUAUCUUCUGGAACAUUUAGCUACCUUCACGGUAAAUAAGGAUUCCGACAUUGUCUAUCCCGCAGACGGCAUGCGAAGGCUGUUACAGUUGGAAAAAACCACUGGUAUAUGGUCUCAGAAAAUGCAAAUAUGUUUGGAUUACCAGUGGGUGCUUAUAAUGGAUUAUGAAACCGGAAAUAUCAUAGAAAGAUUUCCAGCAUCUCUUGUACAGGAUCCAACAGCAUUCACAUCUACUGAUUCCAUGGAGUUAUAUAAUAAUAUAUUAGUAUUUAUCGUAUCCGGCGGCAGUGGCUCACGCUCAGAAAUGCAUAUUUUUCAGUCACAAAGUGUUUCUGCCGUGCAUUUGGUUGAAGACUUAAAGAGCCUAAGAAAUGGGAAAAUAGUGACACAUCAGCGCGAGGGUUUAAUACAUCAACAGCAAUCACCAUCAAAUCUAUUAAAAAACGGUCCUACUGGUUUAGCUAAGUCAUUACCGGCAACCUGCAGCCAGCACGGUCGCAGCGAACAACAAAUCCAUCAUCUUAACAAUGGUGGUACUAUUACGCCAUCCCGCACUAGUAUAGAUCAAUAUGGCUUACACGUCCGAAGUGUCAUGCUAGAAAGUAAUCAUGCAGGUGCUGCUGCUGGUAGCGGAAAUGGUGAAACAGAUUCCGAACAAGGCGGGUUUAAUGACGAAACUAGUUCUACGUCCAGUGACAAGUAUGAACGUGAUGUAACUGUGUUGAAUCAUUGCUUUGAUGACAUAGAAAAGUUCAUAGCACGCCUGCAACAUGCAGCUGCAGCAUCACGCGAACUGGAGCGUCGACGCCGAAACCGAAAAUCAAAAAAGAAAGAUCCUGGCGAGGGUUUAUUAACGUUGCGUACCCGACCGCCUCUUGAAAAAGAGUUUAUCGAUAUUUUCUCCAAAUUCAAACUUUCAUUUAACUUGCUGGCCAAGCUGAAAGCACACAUACAUGAUCCAAAUGCUCCCGAACUAGUUCACUUCUUAUUUACACCGCUUGCACUAAUAGUCGAGGCUUCCAGUGACACUUACUAUGAGUCUCAAUUACCAGCACGUGUAAUCAAUCCAUUACUUACACGUGAAGCCAUAAAUCUGUUAAUUAAUUGCGUUACGAGCAAAGAAACUGAACUAUGGCGCUCCCUUGGUGACGCUUGGAUUAUACCACGCGAUCAGUGGAAAAAUGAUGUGGGCUCAUACCAUCCUGUAUUUAUGGAUGGGUGGUCGCCCGAUUACUUGGUAACCGAUGAAUUGGAAAUCCUUAGUACUCCAACAAACAAUAGCAAGCGUUGUUUAGAUGUUAAAUCACAUUUGCAUGCUGGUCAUACCAGCCACAGCGGGGCGAACGGACGCCAAGUUGGCAGCAAUAGUAAUUGCAGCAAUACAGCUUUACAUAUAGGGCAAGUCGAAGAAUACGAAACAAGUAUACCAAUUGAGAAAUAUUCUGGUCAUUAUGAACGCGAUAGUGAACGAUUUCUGCCCACUGGUGGCAUAAGUGGCGCUGCGAACGGUGGACCUUGUGAUUUUAGCGUACACAGUGAAAUUUCAAUUGAUUCAAUUGAACGUAGCGGAGGGGCAUUGCACGAUUUGCAAAUUAAUAAUAACAUUGCAGCUGGUAUUCAAACAAUAUCAACAGGAAUGCAACAAUUACAUGCUCGUGACUCUCAGAAUACCACAGCCACGCGCAAUAAUAACUCAGUUUCCGAAUUCUCUGGUCGUGAUAACAUCACUAACGACGAACGAAUGUUGGCAGCGUGGCUAGGUGAUUUACAAACGGCACAUGCUAAAAUUGUCCUAGUCACAUAUCCCCGCACAGCCAACAAUGAUAAAGAGCUAAGUGUGGUUCGUGGUGAAUAUUUGGAGAUUUUGGACGAUACUCGAAAAUGGUGGAAGGCUCGCAACAUACGAGGUCAAGUGGCUCAUGUUCCACACACAAUUGUCACUCCAUAUAACUUCGGCGAAGAGUCUGGGAGCAAUCAGUUCUAUGGGCAACAACAAGCACCAUCACAUCUGCAAGGAAACAAUACUUAUACACAGCCGAGACACCCGAUAAAUACAAAUCUCAGUGAUAAUAUCGAGACACACCGGUCACACGACGGUACUGAUUGGAUUCGAAAUAAGCAUCUGGGUAAGAAAGGAGAGUUCAGAUAUUUUUAAUUAGCUGCAGCGUAUUCAAAUUACUGUCUAUUUGUUCAUGAUAUUAUUUAUACAUACAAAUAUUUUACAACAAGUAAAUUUUUAAAUUUAAACUUUUUUGCUUGCAUUUAUAUAAAGUAUGCAUUUGUUUGAGUUGUAAACACUAGUAAACUAAAACAAUAAAAUCAAAAUAUUGAAACAAA